AUGGAGGGAUCGGGUCCUCUGCGCUGCACGUUCCUUCUGUGGAUUGCUGCGGGUCUGGGGUGUCUUGCUCCUGUGGGCCGGCUCCGCGUCUGCGUCCGUCUCUAUCUCCCUGGGCAGCUCGCCUCUCUGCCGGCACCACGUCCCCUCUGUCAGCGAGGUGAACAGUCCUGCUCUGCUACACACGCUCCUGUCGUCACAUCCUGCUCACUGAGAUGCCCAAAAUGCAUGUGUCCACCCAAUCAAGGACUGGCACCUCCAAAACUGUCAAGGAAAGCCAUUUUGUGGUUCCCUGAGGAUGUGGUCAAGAAAAGGGUCUCCUUAUGUAUCCCAGGCUGGUCUCAAACUCACUUGGAUCCUUCUGCCUCAGCCUCCCAAGUGCUAGGAUUACAGGUCAUAAAUAAGGUUCAUCUUAAAAUGAAUCAUGUUGUAAAGAGAGGUGCUGAUGACCAUUUGAGAAUCAAGACUGUCUACGAUAAAAGUAUUGAGGAGCUGCUUGAUGAGAAGAGGCAUCUCGUGAAGAACAAGCUUUUCCCACAAGCAAUUUCCUACUUGGAGAAGACUUUCCAGGUCCGCAGACCUGCUGGCACCAUCCUGCUCAGCAGACAGUGUGCCACAAAUCAGUACCUGCGGAAGGAAAACGACCCUCACCGCUACUGCACCGGGGAAUGCGCAGCUCAGACCCAGUGCGGCCCUGUAGCGGUGCCCGAGGAGCACCUGCAGGAGUGUUCAGCGACACCAGUGCAUCUCCCAGUGCAGAGGCCAUCUGUGCUGCACUGCAGCUUCUGUUCCUGGUUUUUGUGGUGCUGGGCACGGGAGCCGGGGCCUCCUGCCUCAGCCUCCCAAUGCCUGACACCACACAUUCUGUGCCUGGUGGUGUAUGGAUCUUGCAAAGGUUUAGAGACCCCGUGCAGGGUGUGCCGUGGGGGGAAGUGGCCCUGCAUGGCAGAGGUCGAGCUGCACCCGGAGGGCGUCCGCGACGCAGACUUCGUCCUUUACGUCGGUGCUUUGGCCACGGAGCGAUGCAACCAUGAAAACAUCAUCUCUUACGCAGCCUACUGCCAGCAGGAAGCGGAGACGGACAGGCCAAUAGCAGGAUAUGCUAACCUGUGUCCAAAUAUGAUCUCUACCCAGCCUCAGGAGUUCAUCGGGAUGCUGUCCACAGUGAAACAUGAGAUUAUCCACGCCCUGGGCUUCUCUGCUGGGCUUUUUGCAUUCUACCGUGAUAAAGAUGGAAAUCCUCUAACUUCAAGGUUUGCAGAUGGCCUCCCGCCUUUUAAUUACAGUCUUGGGUUGUAUCAGUGGAGUGAAAAAGUAGUUCGCAAAGUGGAGCGAUCAUGGAACAUCCGUGAUAAUAAGACAGUUCGUCACCCUGUGUAUCUCCUCGUGACCCCUCAAGUUGUGGACGAAGCACGAAAACAUUUUAAUUGUUCACUUCUGGAAGGAAUGGAGCUUGAGAAUCAAGGCGGCCUGGGCACGGAGCUCAAUCACUGGGAAAAACGGUUAUUAGAGAAUGAAGCAAUGACGGGUUCUCACACCCAGAACCGAGUCCUCUCUCGAAUCACUUUGGCGUUAAUGGAGGACACUGGCUGGUAUAGAGCGAACUACAGCAUGGCUGAGAAGCUGGACUGGGGCUUCGGGAUGGGCUGCGACUUUGUGAAGAAGAGCUGCAAGUUCUGGAUGGAUCAGCAGAGACGGAAGGGGCAGGCGCUGAGCCCUUACUGUGGUACACUCAGGAGCAGCCCGCUGCAGCUGACCUGCAGGCAGGACCAGAGGGCCGUGGCCGUGUGCAAUCUGCAGAAGUUCCCUAAGCCUCUGCCACCAGAGUACCAGUACUUUGACGAGCUCGGCGGGGUCCCCGCGGAAGGCCUGGCGCACUACGGUGGCUCGGUGGAGAUCGCCGACUACUGCCCCUUCAGCCAGGAAUUCAGCUGGCAUCUGAGCGGCGAGUAUCAGCGCAGCUCGGACUGCAGAAUCCUGGAGAAUCAGCCAGAAAUUUUGAAAAACUAUGGUGCUGAAAAGUAUGGACCUCAUUCCGUUUGUCUGAUUCAGAAAUCGGCAUUUGUCAUGGAAAAGUGUGAGAGAAAGCUGAGUUACCCAGACUGGGGGAGCGGAUGCUACCAGAUCUCUUGUUCUCCUCAAGGUCUGAAGGUCUGGGUGCAGGACACCGCGUACCUGUGCAGCCGGGCCGGGCAGGUCCUUCCCGUCAGCAUUCAGAUGAACGGCUGGAUCCACGGCGGGAACCUGCUUUGCCCGUCCUGCUGGGACUUCUGUGAGCAGUGCCCUCCGGAAACAGACCCUCCAGCUGCCAACCUCACCCGGGCGCUGCCCCUUGGGUCCUGCUAUGUGAGGCUGGACUCACACUCGUGGAAAUCUUCCUGCCUCAGCCUCCUACGUGCUGGAAUUACAAGUGUGCACCAUCACAUCUGGCAGAUCUCUGCUCCUGCUCCUCCAGCCUGGUGGUCACGCUCUGGUUGCUGCUGGGCAACCUGCUUCCUGUGCUGGCCGGAGUCCUGCUGUGCGUGUGGCACUAGGAAUGGAGGAGCCCCUGUGUGUCGCUCCCCUGUGGACAAAGCACAAACCCGGGUGAGUGCCAGCCUGUGCAGGACUGGCCAGAACCAGACCCCGGAGCAGAGCUGCAUGGCAGUCGCUCCAGGACCACCCUUGCCUCAGAACUCGGAGGAGGAGAAGGAAACCAAGUCACCAAGUCGUUCUGCUCUGCUCGCAGGACACGCAGUCUCCCUGCUGUUCUCGAUCACAUACCUCUCAGCAUCUCCUCCAACCUGAAAUGAUGGAAAGCCCAUCGUCCACACUGGAGAGCAAGGCAGCAGCUAAUUCUUGCAGGAUGCUAACUUGUGAGCUGGGCAUGCAGCUGCACACCUGUGAUCUCAGCACUUGAGGGACUGAGACAGGAGGAUUUCCACAAGUUCAAGGUCAGC